GAAAGCGAAAGCGAAACCGAAACUUGAGAAUGGAACCAGAUUGGGGAGCUCACAUAUAUGUCAUAUUUGACAUCUUAGUGUGAUUACUACGAUGUGCCUCUCCGCCUUCUGUCUGCGACCGCCGAGACGAUCCUCCUUGAAGCCCUUGCCCCAGUCUCCACCAAACCACCCCACGAAGACGGAAGUACCGGCAGUAGAUCUACCACGCAGUGGCAGCGAUCGAGACGCCGACGGCUCUCAGGGGCCCAGAGUGGUUGUUAGUACACAGGCUGGUUACCCAAUGAACAUUAUCUCAAACCAUGACUUCUCCAAUGGGCUUGAGUCUUGGCAUCCCAAUUGUUGCCAUGCUUAUGUGGCCUCAGCAAUUUCUGGUUUCCUGAAUGGAGUGAGGCCGAGCUCGGGUGGAAAUUAUGCUGUGGUUACACAGAGGAAUGAAAGUUGGCAAGGCCUGGAGCAAGACAUCACUGAGAAGGUCACUGUCAGUGUAAAAUAUACUGUUACAGCAUGUGUUGGUGUUUAUGGGGAUCUUCAUGGACCUGCUGGAGUUCAAGCAACGUUGAAGUUGGAGAAUUCAGAUUCUUCGAUUAGCUAUAUGUUCAUUGAGAGGAUCUUGGUCUCUAAAGAUUGCUGGGAGAUGUUGGAAGGUUCCUUCUCACUGGCAAGCAUGCCAAGACGAGUAGUGUUUUAUUUGGAAGGACCUCCUCCUGGCGUGGAUUUGCUCAUAGAUACUGUGGUCAUCUCCUCUGAGAGGAUGGAAAUGAUGGUCAAUACACAGAAUCAUGUAAUAAACAUCAUCUCAAACCAUGACUUCUCUUGUGGGCUGGAACCGUGGGUUCCCAAUUGUUGCCAUGCUUAUGUUGCCUCAAAAGAGUCUGGUUUUCUGAAUGGAGUAAGGCCAAACUCAGGGGAAAACUAUGCUGUAGUCACACAAAGGAGCGAAUGCUGGCAAGGUUUGGAGCAGGACAUCACUGCAAAAGUCACUUUUGGUGCAAAACAUGAUGUCUCAGCAUAUAUUGGAGUAUAUGGGGUUCUUCAUGAACCGGCUGAAGUCAAAGCAACACUGAAGUUCGAGAAUUCAGAUUCUUCUACUGGCUACCUGUCUAUUGGGAGUGCCUUCGUUUCUAAAGGAUGCUGGCAGAAGUUGGAAGGUUCCUUUUCACUGACUAGCAUGCCAAGACGAGUAGUAUUUUAUUUGGAAGGGCCUAAUCCUGGCAUGGAUCUGCUUAUAGAUUCUGUCACUAUAUCUUGUGAUGAUACGGAGGUUUGUCGUGCUACCAGUGUGGAUGAGAAUAUAGUACGAAAUCCUCAGUUUGAAGAUGGAUUAAGUGAUUGGUCUGGAAGAGGAUGCAAGAUUCUCUUGCACAAUUCUCUUGUGAAUGGGAAAAUACUUCCAGUCAAGGGAAGGUAUUUUGUUUCAGCAACUGAAAGGAAUCAAACUUGGAAUGGGAUUGAACAAGAAAUAACAGGCAGGGUAAGCAGGAAGCUUGCAUAUGAAGUUACUGCUGUAGUUCGGACAUUCGGGAAUGCCAAUAAUGCUGAUGUUCGAGCAACGUUGUGGGCUCAAUCACCAAAUGGUCGGGAACAAUAUAUCGGCAUCGCCAAAAUUCAGGCAUCAGACAAGGAAUGGGUGAAGUUGCAGGGGAAAUUCCUCCUAAAUGGUGUUGCUUCAAGAGCCAUUAUAUUUAUAGAAGGGCCACCACCGGGUACUGAUAUCCUUGUUGAUAGUUUCGUAGUAAGACGGGCAAUGAAAGCUGCAGCUUCAGUUCCACCAAGUGAUGAGGGUUUCAGAGACAAUAUUGAUUCAAGGAAGGUUGUCAGUACCAAUAUUAUAUCAAAUCAUGAUUUUUCCAGAGGACUGCAGUCUUGGUCCCUUAAUCUUUGUGAUGGGUUUGUUGUAUCAGGGGAAUUUGGUCCUUUAAAGGGAGUCACUGCAAAAACUGGAUCAAAUUAUGCAGUCCUAACAAAUCGAUCUGAGAGCUGGCAUGCUUUGGAACAGGACAUAACGAAUAAAGUUUCAACUGGUUUAACCUACAGUGUCUCUGUCAUUGUUCGAAUUUCGGGAGCUCAUCAGGAACCUUCUGCAGUCAAAGCAACACUUAAGCUGGAGCACCUGGACUCCCAACUGAGUUAUAUAUCUGUUGGAAGGGCUAUGGUGUCGAAAGAAAGAUGGGAAAUGUUAGAAGGCUCAUUUUCAUUGACUAGCAUGCCAAAAUGUGUGAUUUUUUAUCUGGAAGGACCUUCUGCAGGUGUUGACUUGCUGAUUGAUUCUGUUGUAGUUUCUUGCUCUGAUGUGGAACAUUGUGAGGAUGUUUCACAUGGAGCUAACAUAAUCAGAAAUAGCUCUUUCACUGAUGGCCUUAAUUGGUGGAAUCCUCUUGGCUCGUGUAAGCUGAGCAUAGGCACAGUUCCAGAGGAGUUCUUUCCCUUAGCAAAGGAUUCUGUCAAUCACAAUCAACCAAUAAGCAGCCAUUUUAUCCUCACUACAAAUCGCACAGAAACCUGGAUGGGCCCCUCCCAGAUAAUAACAGACAGGAUUAAGUUACACGUAACCUACCAAGUUGCUACUUGGGUACGUUUAGGUUCAGGAGCAACUAGUCCUCAUCAUGUCAACGUAGCACUUGGUGUAGACAACCAGUGGAUCAAUGGGGGGCAAGUUGAAGCUAACUCUGACAGAUGGAACAAAAUUAGAGGAUCAUUCAGAAUUGAAAAAAGACCAUCUAAAGUUAUAGUUUAUGUGCAAGGUCCUCCACCAGGUGUCGAUUUGAUGCUGUCAGAACUGCAGAUAUUUCCUGUAAAUAGGAAGGCACGAUAUAAAGUUCUCAAGGAAAAAGCUGAUAAGAUACGAAAGCGUGAUGUCAUCCUUAAAUUUUCAGGUUCUGAGAAUGAAGGUCUUGUCGGUGCAUCUCUGAAGAUUAAACAAAUUGACAACUGCUUUGCUUUUGGGGGUUGUAUCAACAGAUCAAACAUUGAAAAUGAGGACUUUGUUGAUUUCUUUUUGAAAAAUUUCAAUUGGGCUGUGUUUGGGAAUGAGCUGAAGUGGUACCAUACAGAGUCACAACAAGGAAAAUUCAAUUACAAAGAUGCAGAUGAGUUAUUAGAUUUCUGUCACAAACAUGGUAAGCAGACAAGAGGCCACUGCAUCUUCUGGGAAGUAGAAGAUGCCAUCCAGCCAUGGGUGCGAUCGUUGGACUCUAAUGAUCUACUGAUAGCUGUCCAGAACCGUAUCAGAGGGUUACUAUCUAGGUACAGAGGCAAGUUUAGGCACUAUGAUGUGAACAAUGAGAUGCUCCAUGGAUCUUUCUAUCAAGAUAGGCUGGGAAAAGAUAUCUGGGCAUACAUGUUUCAAGAAGCCCAUCAAUUGGAUCCUUCUGCCAUUCUGUUUGUCAAUGAUUAUAAUGUAGAAGAUGGAUGUGAUUCUAAGUCCACUCCCGAAAAGUACAUUCAGCAAAUCCUUGAUUUACAGGAACGAGGUGCACCUAUAGGAGGGAUUGGUAUACAAGGUCAUAUCAGCCAUCCGGUUGGAGAAAUUAUAUGUGAUGCACUGGACAAGUUGGCGAUACUUGGUCUCCCUAUUUGGUUCACCGAAUUGGAUGUCUCUGCAGAAAACGAAUAUAUUCGAGCUGAUGACUUGGAGGUUAUUCUUCGAGAAGCCUUCGCGCAUCCUGCUGUCGAAGGCAUCUUGCUCUGGGGAUUCUGGGAAUUGUUUACAUGCAGGGAUCAUUCCCAUUUGGUGGAUGCUGAAGGCAACAUAAAUGAAGCUGGUAAAAGGUACCUUGCUCUGAGGCAAGAGUGGUUAUCUCAUGCUGAUGGCAACAUCGAUACGCAGGGUGAAUUUAGAUUCAGUGGAUAUCAUGGUACAUACACUGUGGACAUUGCUACUGCUUCCAAAAGUAUAUCAAGGUCAUUUAUCGUUGAUAAGGGAGAUUCUCCUCUUGUUUUGACCAUAGAUAAGUAAGUUGUACAUCAUCACUUUUGAUGCUCAAAGAUGCAUGAUUUCAGGAACUUGUAAAAGAAAACACUGCAGAAAGGAUUCAUAGAUGUGUCAGUGGGAUUUGUUUGUAUGUUGGUGAGCAAAUGAAGGCUUGUUGGUUUGUUGAAAAAUAAGACGAGACCUGCAGAAAAAUGAUGCAAGAUUCUGUCUUGCCUUGACAUUUACAUUCAUGAUGAUACAUGUAUAUAUAUAUAUAUAUAUUCUUCACCAUCAUUAUAACUUUGGUUUGUUUCAUUUCAGGCCUCAAAGUUAUGGACGAUUAGAGUUCUUGUUUC